AAUAUACAAUCCUUAAAACUUACUGACACUGAUAUUGAUCCCUCCUACAAUAUCUCAAACUCAGAUAACAGGCUCACAAGGAGGUCCAGCAAAUCGCAGCCUAGACGACCUCCUAUGGAUCCAAUGAUAUUAGCGCUCUCAGGUUCUAAACCUCCAACUCAUAAUCAUUAUCACCAUGACUGGUUCGGUUACGAUUCUAGUGGUACAAGAUCAAAAAGAUUAUCAGUAAAUCAUCAGUCUCUACAAAAACCUAGAAAGGAAAGGCUUAACGAUCUUAAGAACGAGAAGAAGUACGCGAUCAAUACAUCCCUGAGUUUAGAAAAGCCUCCACUAGAAGUUAUUUGUCAAGUCAGGACUCGCAUUCCAACACCACAUGGUGAAAUCUUUUGUCAUCUCUAUACCAAUAAUCAUGAUAAGAAGGAACAUCUUGCAUUCGUUGUAGACCCUGAACAACUUCAACGUGAAUUCGUAUCAAGUAAUGAUCUACGUUCAAAAUCCUUAGAUGCUAUCCGCUCAGGUGAAUCUGAACUUGACCGCUUGACAAGAGGUGCAUAUGUUGGUAAAAUUAAGAGAAACUCUGCUGAAAUCAAUAUUGCAUCAACAAAUUCUCUGAAUGCUUCUCCAUAUACACUUAGACAAGAACAUAAGGAUCCUUUAGCACCUUUGGUACGUAUACAUAGUGAAUGUUACACAGGUGAAACUAUUGGUUCACAGCGGUGCGACUGUGGUGAACAGCUUGAUGAAGCUUUACGUCAAAUGUUUGUUGGCACUUCAAAAGAUCAACAUACUAAACCGAGAGGUGUAAUUGUUUAUAUGAGACAGGAAGGUCGUGGAAUCGGAUUAGCUGCGAAACUUCGUGCUUAUAAUUUACAAGAUCUAGGUCAUGAUACAGUCACUGCUAAUGAAUUAUUGGGUUUUGGUGCCGAUGAAAGAACGUAUGAAAUUUCUGCAUCAAUCUUAAGAGAUUUAGGACUUGGUAUAGGAUCUUCUGGUAUUAGGUUAAUGACUAAUAAUCCAGAUAAAGUAAAUGCAUUAGAAUUUGAGGGCAUCCCUGUUUCUGAUAGGGUUGAGAUGAUACCAAGAGCUUGGAAGUGUAAUCACCUUGAAGAACUUAAAAUAAAAGGGUUAAAACAAAAGCAUUUAUUCGCUAAUCCAAGGAGGUUUAGCACUGGUGGAGAGCAAACGCCUACUUGUGUAAAUGAGAAGGGUGAAGAGGAGGAUAAAGACGUUUUCGCAAAGACACUUUCAACUGCAGAGAAUGAUAGUGGAGAUGAAUAUUUACAACACGUUCUUAGACGCUCAGGUGCGGGUCUUAUCGGUGCAGGCGCCACUCAAGGAGAAGACCUUGAGCGCUACUUACGAACUAAAAUAGAACGUAUGGGACAUUUGAUUACCAUUCCAAAAGACAAAGAACAAAUUGAAGAAAAGAAAUAAAUACAAAACAGGAUUUAAGGAUUGUACAGUCGAAAUUUCAUUGUAUUAC